AUGAUGAAAUUCGACAGUAUUAAUUUACAAUCACAUGUAGUGAAACAUCAACAACAAAAUAUCAACAAUUUAAAUAUUAAUAAUAUUGAUGAUAAUGAACAAAUCUGGGUAUUACGUGAACCAUUUAAAACAAUGUCAAAAUUAAAAACAGUUCUGAUGACAAAGAAUCGCCCACGUUUUAACGAAUCGUACGGUGUAUGA